AAUUCAUUUGGCCCAACCAAUGGAAAAGGGGAAUAUUUGACCAUAUAGUCCAAGUUGAAAUGCGAUGAAUCAAUCAGAGCCGUUGUUUGGAACGCAGCGACAACAUCAUCAACGGAUACGAUUUAAAGCCGUGCUUUGAUGUAACGGUACAAGAAUCAAAAACGCAAAGAAUAUCGUGCUUCGUGCCUGUAACAAAAGAAGAGAAAAUCACAACGCGGGAAAACUCCAUAGACAACAAUCAGAGUAACUGACUAAGCACAAUGCCGGAGCUACCGGAGGUAGAGGCGGCGAGAAAGGCGGUGGAAGACAACUGCAUCGGAAAGAAGAUAACCAAAUGCAUCGUUGCCGAUGAUUCCAAAGUCAUCGACGGUGUCUCUCACUCCGACUUCGAAGCUUCCGUCGUCGGCAAAACCAUCGUCGCUGCUCGCCGGAAAGGAAAGAAUAUGUGGCUUCAGCUCGAUUCUCCUCCUUUUCCUUCUUUCCAAUUUGGUAUGGCUGGUGCUAUAUACAUAAAGGGCGUUGCAGUGACGAAGUAUAAAAGGUCUGCUGUAAAUGAUGAGGAUGAAUGGCCUUCCAAAUAUUCAAAGUUUUUUAUUCAGCUAGAUGAUGGUUUGGAGCUGUCCUUCACUGACAAAAGGCGGUUUGCUAGAGUUCGCCUGCUCAAAGAUCCGACAUUGGUUCCUCCCAUAUCUGAGCUUGGUCCUGAUGCACUUUUUGAACCCAUGACACUUGACGUGUUUACUGAGCGUUUGCACAAGAAGAAAACUGAAAUCAAGGCUUUAUUACUAGACCAAAGCUAUAUUUCAGGUAUUGGAAAUUGGGUUGCAGAUGAAGUGCUGUAUCAAGCAAGGAUUCAUCCUCGGCAGAUAGCUUCUAGCCUGUCAGCAGAGAACUGCUCAACUUUGCACAAGUCCAUUAAAGAGGUUAUUGAAAAAGCAGUUGAGGUUGGAGCAGAUAGUAGUCAAUAUCCCACUAAUUGGAUAUUUCAUUCUCGUGAAAAGAAGCCCGGCAAAGCUUUUGUUGAUGGGAAAAAAAUUGACUUCAUCACAGCAGGUGGCAGGACAACUGCUUACGUGCCAGAGUUGCAAAAGCUAAGUGGAACACAAGUGUUAAAAGAAACCGGUAAACCUAGAGGGAAAACCUCAAAGAAAACAAGUGUAGAUGAUGAUAACAAUGAUGACAUUGAGAAUCCUACAAAGAACGAAGACGAGAAUUUGGGAAGUCUCAAAUCAAAGAAGGAAACGGGAAAGGCUGGAGCUAAAGGUAAGAAACCUUCCAAAAGAAAGAAGACUGAGGAAAGUGACAAUGACAAUGACAAUGAUGAUGGGGAUGCUGGUGCUGAUAAUGAUGACAGUGAUCAAGUUGAAAAGAAGAAACCAGGCAAACAAACUAAGGGAGAGAAGCAACCAAAGAAAAGUGUUCAAGGCAGUCAAAAUAGUAGGAGUACUAGGAGUAAAGCCAAGUAGCAACUUUUGGGCUUGAAUAUGUUUACCAUGGCUGUGUUUCUACUCUGCUCUAGAACAACAGAAGGAUGGUUUCCAUGUUCCCGCAACAUAGGUUCGCUUGAUAACAUUUUGUCUCUAUGAUCUGUUAGUACUUGAUCGGCUUUACUUCAACAAGUUAUGGACUUGUGGUUUUGUAUGAUAAUUUAGUUUCUGCAUGUUAACCAGACAAUGUUGGAUGCCUUCAGUUUUUUGCAACUAAAUGCUAACGUUAACGUCUUGUGAAGUGUGCACAAGAAUAUUUUCAGGUUUAAGAUAUAUUUUUUGUCUA